CCAGUCAGCCCAUAUCACGAAUCAGCUAACAAGCACACACCUACGAGGUAUGCUUGGUCUCGAGACGGACAAAUGGAUAACGUGGGCACAGUAUCAGGCUUGAUGGCUGCCAUCGGCUACAUACUGUCACUGGCUCCAGUCGUCCACGCUUCGCGCCCAGAUCGUCCGAAUGACGUCGACCGUUGGAUCGACCACGUACAAACUCCUGAACACGACUCUGCUGUGGAUAUGUGGUUUUGGAAUGUGGUUCCAAGCGGCGCGCCGGGCCAGCUGACAUGCUCGGAACUUGUGGACGGUUGCUGCUCCAGGCUUGUCGUCUCCCGACCACGGAUUGAACGAAGGUUGGUUGCACGCCCACAUGAUGCAGGAAGCCCCUUUAACGAGCAUUGUCUAUGUAUGCACGUGUAAUUGCACUCGCUACGAGGAGUUUGCCGGGAAUCGGAAGCACAAGGUGUUGAAAUACGUUAUUGAUGUAUACCAAGGAAGCGAAGCGCUGUAACACAAGCUGUACACACUAUUGCUCAACUUGCGCCUGGCCCUCAUUGAAGCUGCCGUCGAGAUUUCACUCCUGCAUACCGCAGGACUUGAGCUCUCCAGGGCUGGCAGAAACGCCACUUGCAUUUGUCCUCGGCGUAUGCCAAGACAUUGAUGAACACUUGCGGGAAACAGUGAAUGAAACUGGCCCACUGGAGCACCAAACAAAUGUUAGGAACUUUUGCACAAGAGCGUCGAUGCUAUCGCUCCCAUGUAUGACCAUUAAU